AUGGAUCAAAGAUUUAUCAUUGGGAAGACCUCAAAUAAUCCAUUAUCUUCAACCGUAUCUCCUUCUUCUUCUUCUUCAUCAUUAACGAGGCCUAAAUGUCCUGCUCCAUUCUUGUGCAAAACAUAUGACCUUUUGGAAGAAGAAGAAGAAAGGGGUCGGAGGGAAUCAGCAAGUGAUCAUCAUAAUAAUGGUGAGAAUCAAAGGGUGGUUUCAUGGACAGAAGAUGGGACUGGUUUUGUGGUUUGGUGCCCAGCUGAGUUUUCUCAACACUUGUUGCCUCGAUACUUCAAGCAUAAUAACUUCUCCAGCUUCAUUCGCCAGCUCAAUACCUAUGGGUUCAAGAAAACUGCAGCAAAGAGAUGGGAAUUUCAGCAUGAGAAAUUCCAGAAGGGUUGUCGCCAUUUGCUAGUAGAAAUUCAAAGGAAGAAGUGCGAGCCAAGUGCUUUUCCUCAAUAUCUAAAAGCAUCAGAUCAGGAAAGCUGCCCUAAUUCUUCUUCCCUUUCAUCAUCAAUGGAGGAAAACAACACUCGGAUGUUACUCAUGGAAGAGAACAAGAACCUGAGGAAAGAAAGAAUGGAGCUUCAAAUGCAAAUAGCUCACUUCAAAACACUCGAAACCAAGCUCUCGGAUUGCCUUUCGGCUUACUUCGGAGAUCAAAAUAAGAUUAGAAGACCACUAUCGCCGCCGCCGCUGGCUCGUCUUCCUCAUCCUUUUCGUCGCAACUCACCCAUCAACACCUUCCAUCUUCUCAUCAUUUCUCUCCUUCUUGCUUCAAACCCAACCGCCGUUGCUGCAUUCAAGAAAAAACAUCCGAUUUCUUACUCCCGUUACUGCAAUGACGUCGUCCGGGAGUCCAUUCCAUCGCCGAACCCUCUCACUGACCCAUUGGUGCUCACUAUGUCGCGAUCCACUUUCACAUCUUCUUCCGGCGAAUCCAAAACUGCAGCUUUACGAGAUGACAGUACCGAUUAUCGUUUUAUUUUCAGGUCCGAGUCGGCUGUGUACAAAACCCAGGUAGACGGUGUUUACAAAUUCCACGCUUUGAUUAUUUACCAGUGGAAUAGCAGCACUUUCUCCCUUAAAGAUCCUGACUUUUUCCUUGAUGGGUUGUGGAAUUCCACCUCUGGCAAACUCUGUAUGGUUGGUUUUGGUAAUCAACGGAGGCACACAUCUCAGUUUGGUGUUUUGAAGCUUAACUAUCCUAAUAAAUCAAGCAUCUUUAGUAGCUUCGUUAAUGGUACUUUCCAAAUCUACAAUAUGAAUGGUCAGUUUGUUGAAACCUUGAACAUAUUAGGGGUGAAUCCCAGGAAUUAUGAGCCUCUGUUGAUUGAUAAAAGAAUUGCUGAACAUGUGUUUCAGCCUCUUGAUAAUCUCUCUGAAUCUUCCUUGGGAAUACGAGCUGCUGAUGAACUCAAUCGUUUUGUUCUCAAAUCUGGUUCCUUUAGUUUGGAAUAUAAAGAUGACUGUGACAACAUCAACUGUGAUAUUUUCCAAAAACAGAGAAGAAAGUCUGGUUUACCCAAUGAGUUGUUUAUUAUACCUUUGCACUGGUGGGAGAAUGGUUUUGUGAGGUACUUGCUGGACUUUUCAGGUAAUGGUGCGACGUCUGGUAUUGAGCCUAAUUCCACUCUGGUUGCUGAGGGGAAGUGGGAUUGGGAUAAGACCAGGCUCGACAUGGUUGGUUGCCGGAUUUUAGAUGGUAACGGUACAGUUGGUGAUUGUGCAAUCCAUGUGAGUUUGAGGCUACCAAUGUUAUAUACGAUUUGGAAGAUGAUAAAUGGAAGCAAUGGAGGGAGAUUUCCAGGAGCAAAUUCACCUGAUCUGAGGUUUAUCAUGCAUGUGAGAAGCAAAGUUGGACAAGUCGUUUUCGGGUAUUGUUCCCCUUUGUUUACAGGUGGUAUUGCUUACGCGCCCGAUAGAGUGUUUGAAGAGAUGGACCCGGAAGGCCCUGUUCUGUUCAACCAAAGUCGGUUGGUUAACGUCAGCUAUGAAUUGAGCUUUCGUCCUCUGGAUGAGUUUUAUAAAAACAUCAGUGGAGUACCUCGAAUUUAUUCCAUGAAAAUUUCUGCUGAGGGAAUAUAUGAUUCUAAAACUGGGCACCUAUACAUGAUUGGCUGCAGGCCUCUAUCCUUCAGGCCGUUUGUUAGAGAUUCUCUAGAUUGCCAGAUUGUAGUCAAAAUGCAGUAUGCACCAUUGGAUGCAAAAGUUGGAUCUUCUGUCUCGGGAACCAUAAAAGGCACAAGGACUGCUUCUGACCCGCUUUAUUUUGAAUUGAUUCAGAUUUCUUCACAGUCUCCUUAUGCAGGCCAAAGUAAACAGUCCCUGUGGAAUAUGGACCUAGAGAUCAUGAUGGCUUUAGUUUCAACCUCAUUGGCAUGUAUUUCCAUAACGUUGCAGUUGUUUUAUGUGCAAAAGAAUCCAGAAGUGCUCCCUAACAUUUCAGUUACAAUGUUGGCUGUAGUAAACUUCGCUCACUUGAUUCCCUUGCUGCUAAAUUUUGAUGCUCUUUUUCCAUCAGACCACCAGGUACAAAAUCUAUUUCUAGGGAGUGGCCGUUUUCUAGAAGUGAAUGAGGUCCUGAUAAGAGUAAUAUCCAUGUUCGCUUUCUUGUUAGAGUUCCGUUUUCUUCAACUGGCUUGGUCUGCAAAGGCCAAGGAUGAUAAUCAGAAGAUUCACUGGAGUACAGAAUUUAAGGUUAUGUGUACAUGCUUAGGGUUAUACUUAGGUGGUUCCUUAAUCGCCUGGAGUUCUCAUUUCUCAUCAAAAUCCACAGUUAAGACGGCCCUAGAACCGUCAGAAUCUUCCAGGGCAGGAUUCCAGUCUUACGCUGGUGUCAUCAGGGAUGGAUUUUUGUUCCCUCAGAUACUGUUCAAUCUAUUCUGCAACAGCAAAGCAGCAAUAACAGCUCUAGCGCCGUCUUUUUACCUAGGAACAACUUUGGUUAGGGUGUCACCUCAUGCAUAUGAUCUGUUCAGGGGUUCAAUGUUUUCAGUGAAUAAGAUAUAUGGGAAUCCCAAAAUGGAUUAUUAUCCACUUUCUGGGAUAUCACAAUAUGUAUCGCGGGCCUGUUGUUUGCUGCUCUUGUUUACUUGCAGCAACAGUUUGGGGGACGCUUCUUUCUUCCCAAGGGACACAAAACAGUUAGAUGAGAAGAUGCCUGAAGACACAAAUUGGCAGUGUACAUCAGCCAAAAUAUGGUAAAGAGUUGCGAUCGAAGAGUCUGUUAUAUGGAUUGCUGAGAAGUUCGAAUUGUAAGAACUCAAUUCAACAGAUAUGUGUUUCAAAUGACUUGGCACCAUGUCAAGAACGUAUAGCUGCUGAAGAUGGGUCCUGGUCUGCUUGCCUAAAUGAUUUGUCCAUGGCAAUCUUGAGACAACUGUUAGUGGCCAAUUCCAUAGGUUUGAGUAAGUUAUAGGUUAAUAAAAACAGUAAUCACCUCAGUCAGUAGCAACAAUGGUGCAUUGGUUUUAUAGUAUAUCGCAGGUCAAGUGAUAGAAUAGUGUUACAAAGUUGGUUUAAAAUAUA